GACAGUUUGUUAAGUGCCCUACGGAACUACGUUAUGGGCUACUCAGGACCAGUUUUCGAAAAUGACUACCAGACAGCUGUCGUCAGAGCCAAUCUUGCCGCAAUAGCGUUUGGGCCGAAAGCGGUGCGCCGGGAUGAGACGCUCUUUAACGACCUCCGUAAUAUGACCCUUACACGGGACGAGGGCGCCCCCAUCAAGGUGUCGGAAGCGCAGAUUGCGAAGUUCCGGGAACGAAAGGAUAUCGCCAAGCUCCGCGACGAGAUCCAGCAUACAACCGACAAGCUUGAGAAGAGCAGGCUUCGCGGCCAAAUCAGCAGCAUCCUCGAGACUUGCAAAAGGCUGCAGCUCGAACAGGAUCGACAGGCCUACUUCAAGGAGGCGGACCGAUUGCGUCUCCAAGGUCUUGAGCCGACCCCAACGCCCGGCAUGGGGGGCCCGGGUAUAGCGGCUCCGGUGGCCGCCUGUCUAUCGCGGUGGAGACCGUAGGACGAGGGCGAAUUGCCGCCGAACGACACAAGCGUAACUGAGCAGUAUAUCGAUGCGCAACUGCUAUACCUGUCGUCUACCGUAACUACAGCUCGUCAGCAGGCUUCAGAGGCAGCAGCACCCUCUAAAUCGCAAGGAAAAAAAUCCUGUUGUUUCGCCUGCUUCAAAGGGUUUAUAACACGCUCUGCCCUUACACGGCACUUCCAAGACACCUAUCUUGUCGACGGUACAUUUGACAACCCUUUCGCUUGUCCCCGGUGCAGGCACGCCAGGGCGGCAGAGGUUGUCGUCCACGGUCCAGCGCAGUGGUGCAAUCACCUCGAGCAUACCCAUGGCCUAAUCCAUAUACCAAGAUUCAAUCGAGGU